UACAUGAGGGAAGGAAGAACAACCAGAGUGGCUUUCGUUUAGUUGGGGACUUGUUUUGAGAGAGGACCGCAGCGCCUGGGGGAACUUAAUGAGUGUUACACACAGAAAUCCUGAUGGGUUCUCGGUGGCGGCAGCUACUGCAGCUGCGUCGGGGGUUCCGCGCGCUUUUCCCUUUGGCACCUGCUUGUUGCCUGGUGCGUCGCCCUGCCAAGCUUUUGCACGCCAGUGUCGUCAGCUACCGCUUCCUGGGGUCGAGCAAUGGGCCCACUCGAGGAAAGCAAGAUAAGGGUGGUGGUAGGUGGGGGACAGGACUCGGCGGUGACCAAGACGACGAAGAGGAAGGCGAGGAGGAGGAGGAGGAGGAAGAAGAGGAGGAGGAGGACGGAGAACUUGAGAUUGAGGACGAGCUGCUGGAAUCGGCGCUGCCCUCUCUGCCAUUUGGCGUCCAGAGAGUGUUUGUGGUGCAUCCAGCUGUGAAAUGGGGGCCAGGCAAGGCUCGGCUAACCACAGCUGAACUUCAACUUGCUGAGGCUGUUGCGCUCAUAAACACCAUUCAAGACUGGACAGUUGUAGAUAAAAUAAUUCUUUCUACAAAAAAUGCUGACCAGGUUCUUAUCUUUGGUAAAGGGAAUUUCCAGCUUCUGACUGACAAGAUUGAAGAAUUGCCACAUAUAUCAGCAGUCUUUGUGAAUGUAGAAAGACUCUCUCUCCCCACUAAGAAAGCAUUUGAAGAAGCUUGGGGAGUGGAGGUGUUCGACAGAUAUUCAGUUGUUCUUCAUAUUUUCCGUCGCAACGCUCGGACUAAGGAAGCAAAACUUCAGAUAGCAUUGGCUGAAAUACCAAUUCUAAGGACUAAUGUGAGAAAUGAGGUCGCUCAGAUGGAUCAACAGAGGGGUGGAUCAAGAUACAUUAUGGGUUCAGGUGAAACGUUCAUGGAAAUACAACUUCGCCUCUUAAAAGAAAAGGAACUUAAAAUUCGAAGGGCCCUUGAGAAGCUCAGACAAAAAAGAUCCUUACUUAGAAGACAGCGGUUGAAGCGUGAAUUUCCUAUUAUUUCGGUAAUGGGCUACACUAAUUGUGGGAAAACGACUCUGAUCAAGGCCCUCACUGGAGAUUCAGGAUUACAGCCUCAAGAUCGCCUGUUUGCCACACUGGACAUUACAGCUCAUGCUGGCUGUCUGCCAUCACGCCUGACUGUUCUUUAUGUUGAUACCAUUGGAUUUCUCUCUCAGUUGCCCCAUGACCUUAUUGAAUCAUUUUCAGCUACACUAGAAGACGUAGCCUACUCGGACGUAAUUGUCCACGUGAGGGAUAUUAGCCAUCCAGAGACCAGCCUCCAGAAGGAAAGUGUUUUGUCCGUUCUCAGGAACCUCAGCCUUCCCAGCCAGCUACUGGAGUCAAUUAUUGAAGUUCACAACAAAGUGGAUUUGGUAGACAGUUAUCAUUCUACUGAACCAAAUGCCAUAGCCAUUUCUGCUCUCCUGGGGUAUGGAUUAGACAACUUGAAAGAGGAAAUUGAGAGGACAGUUUUGAAAAUAACUGGGAAGAACAUUCUGACAAUUCAAGUCAAUUUAGCUGGACCUCAGCUCAGUUGGCUUUACAAAGAAACAACAGUGCAAGAGAUGGAUGUGAAUCCUGAAGAUGGUACAGCCAGUGUGAAGGUGAUUAUUAGUGACUCUGUGUUGGGUAGAUACAAAAGACUGUUUCCCCUGUCACGUUGUUCUUCUGUGAGGAAGAAGAAUCCUGAGUAACAAGAAAAUUUUUAAUGGCGGUAAAAUGCUGAGUACUCCACUGGUAUACAGACUUUCACUGUAUUUGUUUUGAACUGGUCAGCUUGUGCUUGUCAUGAAAUGCUGACACACUACCUCUGGGGAGAAAACAACCUCUCUAUGACAAUGUUACAAAACUUUCAACGUUUGCUUGGAGUUGCACAAAAGGAAUAAAGAUGUUUUGCCCCCAAACUUUGGAGGUUUCAACCCCAUCUGUAGUAAAAAUAUCCAGUCUCUACAGAAUGGCCAGUUAUUCUAGCAGACAGGCAGGGCUGGUUAUUGAGUGUUCCUUCCCUGACUACUUUCCUUCACUUAAUAUAUAAGCAAAAGGAAUUUAUAUAGCAGAAACUAAAAACAUGCCCACUGCACAAAUGCUGAAGUAUCUUGUACAACAGAAAAGUGAAAUACUUCCUUCAGAAUUUCUUUUAUAUCUCAAAACCGUGGCAGGCAAUACGCUCUUGUUCCUGCAGGCAGUGCUGGGCUCCUUUAGAUACAACUGUGUGUGCAAAUGCAUCAACUGAAACCAAACUCAGAAUCUUAGCAGCAAUUUCUUUGAUCCCCACAGAAAGUUGCACUAUGAAUCUGUUAUAAGAACAUAAAAUAUACUGGGCUUUUUACUUUGUUGAUUUCAUGUUACAGUUUCUAGAGGCCAAGUAAUGUGAUAAGAGACUCUGAAAAGAGAAGACAAAACCCUAGGAGACUGGCUUGUUCUUAAGCCUGGAUGCAAGGCUGUGUUUAGCUAAGAGAAGCUUCCACUUGAAAGUAUAGUUUCCACUAGUUACCUGUA